AUGGCUCUUCCGUGGCGGCUCGGCGCCGCGCUGGCGCUCCUCUGCGUCGCCGCCUUCCUCGCCUCCUGCGACGCCCGGGACCUGAGGGCGGCAGCCAAGGAAGAGGAGACAGACCUGGCUGUGGCGGCUUCCGACCUGGAAGCGGCCGCGAGCCACCACGGCCACCACCACGAGAAGGGCGGCGGCCACAAGCACCACUCGGAGCACCACUCGUCGCACGGCGGCAAGGGCGACAAGGGCUACAAGAGUCACCACCACCACGACAAGGGCGACCACGGCAAGUACGGCAAGGAGCACCACGGCGGCCACUACGAGGAGCACGGCGGACAUAAGAAGAGCCACCACGACGAGGCCGGCCACUACGGCGAGCACCACAAGGGCGAGAAGGGCCACAAGGGCGCCAAGUUCGGCGAGAAGGGCGGCCACAAGAAGGGCCACAAGACCCACGGCUACCACAACAAGUUCCACAAGGACGAGUACCACAAGGAGCACAAGUUCUACGACGACUACCACAAGGGCGGCCACCACAGCAAGCACGGUGACUUCCACGAUCACCACGAGAAGAAGCACGGCGGACACAAGAAGGGCGGACACCACCACUCCGGUUACCAUGACGACCACUACGGCAAGAAGGGCCACCACGACAAGGGCCACUACCACGACGACCACAAGGGCUUUAAGGGCCAUCACGGCCACGAGUCGCACCACGGCCACCACGAAGACUACGGCAAGAAGGGCGGUCACUCUGGCGGAAAGCACUACGGAUUCAGCAGCGGACACGGAGGCGGUGGUGGUGGUGGUGGCGGCGGCGGCCACGGACAUCACUGAAGCGCACCAGACGCCUACAGCUCUGGAGCUCAU